CCUGUCAAAAAAUACAGGUUUCGCAAACGAGACAAAGUAUUAUUUUAUGGCCGAAAGAUUAUGAGAAAGCUAGGAAUUUCACUUUCUAAUCUUAUACAUGUUUUGUAUAUGUAUCAAGAAAAGAUGAACAUCAUGAACACAGAUAAUUCUCGACUCAUAGAUUUGACUGCACAACUUUCGACUUUGGAGUACCCAGCCUUCACAUCUCUAACAUCUAAAGGACCACCCCAGUCAUUACUAGAGGCUGAAAACGAUGAGGAGGAGACAGAUUCCAGACUGCCUCAAGAAGUUAUUUAUAUGUUACGUGGUGUCAGGGUUUUUGGACAUCUUGAGCGGCCAUUUUUUAUCGAGCUAUGUAAAUAUAUGGAGUCUAUAAGUGUGAAGGCGGGGAAUCAUUUAUUUAAAGUUGGAGACCAGGAUGACAGUAUCUACGUUGUUCAAACUGGUAAAGUUAAUGUCUAUGUUGCUGAAAAAGUAAAGGGGGGGAGGGGAGGGAAGGAGGAUAUCAAUAUUGAUGAUAGUAUACACAGUUUAUUGAGUAUACUAGAUGUUUUAACUGGUUAUCCAUCACCGUAUAAAACAGUUUCAGCUCGGGCAGAAGUGGAUUCCGUUAUUCUUAGAUUACCAGCGGAAGCGUUUCGUUCUAUGUUUGAUAUGUAUCCAGAAUCAGCCGUUAGAGUUAUUCAGAUUAUUAUGAUACGACUACAGAGAGUGACCUUUCUAGCUCUACAUAACUAUCUUGGUCUGAGUAACGAACUUUUAACUUCGGUAAGAUUGUUUAUAUCUUCUCACGUGAUAUGGAAUAUCGUAAACCUUCUCGUCAAUUUUCAACCCCUCAUGGCAGCCCACAGAAAUCUCUUCACACCCUGGAUGAAAUGGGGCACGGAGCAGAAGACAAUAAACAGAGGUUCAGCAAAAAACUACCUGACGGUAAGCAUAGGCCUUUCUUCUAGGGGCGCAGACUUAAAGAUCCCUGCACAAGAAGAAGCAAUACACCAAGGCCCCAAAGUUUUGAUCUCUGACGACUUAAUGAGACAACCAAGUGAUUUUGAUGCUGCAUGUUUAAGAGCUCGUGUUCAGCAGAAUGAGACUAAGAGCGUUACCAUCACUGGUAGUCCCAAACAUACCAGACAUGUGAGAGAUGAUAAUACAGUAGAUAAUUUAUCUGGUGUCAGUGAACAGACUAUAUUACAACAAGCCAUCAAAGAUUUAGUUGAGGUCCUUGGAAUCAAGAAUAAGUCUCUAACAGAUGGUAAAGUAGAAUUGAAGUGUUUUCCUGCCCAUUCUGAUAUAGAACGUCAGGGGUCUCAAGAUGCGUGUGUUGUAUUUGUUGUUAGUGGACGUCUGGCCAUGUUACAAGAUAUAGUCGGUGAAAACCAGAAAGAGGCACUGCUGUUCACUGCUGUAAAAGGAGAAGUGGUAGGAACGCUCGCUGUACUGACAGGAGAACCCUCAUUCUUUACUAUCAGAGCUGCUACAGACUGUCGUGUUGCUGUGAUUACUAAGGAAGAUUUCUAUUUUAUAAUGCGUGAGGAACCAUUUAUUGUAUUAAACGCAGCUCACACUACAGUUAAACGCAUGUCACCUUUCGUACGUCAGAUUGAUUUCGCUCUAGAUUGGGAGAGAAUUGAAGCUGGUAAAGCUCUCUUCAGACAAGGUGACAAUGCAGAUUGUGUGUAUAUUAUACUAACUGGUAGAUUACGUACAGUCAUACAGCUAGUUGGUGGUAAAAAGGAACUGGUAGGGGAAUAUGGUCGUGGAGAAUUGGUUGGUAUCGUAGAAGUUCUCACACAAACUGAAAGAGCUACUACUGCCUUCGCUGUCAGAGAUACAGAAGUAGCUAAAAUGCCGUCAGGACUGUUGAACGUAAUCAAAAGAAGGUACCCUCAGAUUGUGACCAGGCUCAUUCACUUACUAGGAGAGAGGAUUCUAGGGAAUCUUCAAAAUAGAAACACACGAUUGUAUUUUUUGUAUGAUAUUUAUGUUACUAAUAUUUUUACAGACAAUAUGUCUCGUCCUGCUGUAACUAAUCUUGCUACCGUAGCAGUAUUACCCAUCUCAGAAGAUGUUCCAUUGACUAAUUUUACUUUAGAGCUACAACAUGCAUUGAACGGUAUAGGCCUAACUACUAGAUUAUCCAGUGAGAUUAUUAAGACUAGACUAGGAGCUCAUGCCUUAGAUAGUGUCAAUGAAUUCAGAGUAUUUAGUUGGCUAGGUCAACAAGAAGAUCUUCAUCGUAUGGUUUUAUAUCAAUGUGAUUUCGGACAUAGUCGCUGGAAUAAAUAUUGUAUGAGACAAGCUGACUGUAUUAUUAUUGUAGGGUUGGGACAUAAUGAACCCACAGUUGGAGUGGUUGAAAAACAACUAGAGACAGUAGCUGCAAAAGCUCAGAAAGAAUUGGUGCUGCUUCAUAAAGAGGAUGCUGACACUCCCCGUCGUACUGUAGAAUGGUUAGAAAACCGUGGUUGGUGUUCCUCACAUCAUCAUUUACGAUGUCCCAGUCGUGUUCUUAGUAAAAAAUCACCUGAAAGAAGCCGCCAGAUCUAUGAGAAGUUAUUUCAGAGUGAACCAGACAGGUUGUCUGAUUUCUCACGUCUGGCUCGGUUCCUCACUGGUACCUCUAUAGGGCUGGUCCUUGGGGGUGGGGGAGCUAGGGGUUUAGCUCAUGUAGGGAUGAUAAGAGCUAUGACAGAAGCUGGUAUCCCAAUAGAUAUGGUGGGAGGAACCAGUAUGGGUUCGUUUAUCGGAGCUCUCUGGUGUGAGGAGAGAAAUAUGACCAGGUUCUACCAGCGAGCACGAGAAUGGUCUUUUGAUAUGACCUCACUAUGGAAGAAAGUAUUUGAUUUGACCUAUCCAGUAACCUCUAUGUUUAAAGGAGCGUCAUUUAAUACGAGUAUAGAAACAGUAUUUAAAGAUAGACAAGUUGAAGAUUUGUGGAUUCCGUAUUUCUGUAUCACGACUGAUAUCUCUAACUCUACCAUGAGAGUCCACACUAGUGGUAAUUUAUGGCGGUAUGUUAGAUCAAGUAUGUCUUUAUCAGGAUAUUUACCUCCCUUGUGUGACCCAGCAGACGGACAUUUAUUAUUGGACGGUGGUUACGUCAACAAUUUACCAGCUGAUGUAAUGAGAACUAUAGGAGCUCAGACUAUAUUUGCUAUUGAUGUGGGAAGCCAUGAUGAAGAUCAGCUGACUAACUAUGGUGAUGAGCUGUCUGGAUGGUGGUUGUUAUGGAAUCGCUGGAACCCUUGGGCCAAGCCCCUGAAGGUACCUGAUAUGACAGAAAUCCAGUCACGUCUGGCCUAUGUAUCAUGUGUCCGGACGUUGGAACUAGUUAAAAACAGUGAUUAUUGUGAAUAUAUUCGUCCCCCUAUUGAUAAAUAUGGUACUCUACAGUUUGGUAGUUUUGAUGAGAUAGCAGAUGUAGGUUAUAUCCAUGGUAAAACUCUCUUCUCAGGCUGGAUAAAAGGUGGUUUAUUAGACAAACUAUUUGAAGAAAAG